GAAUUGAUUUCACUUUAAUUUUCCAAAACAAAAGCAUAAAUAUAUAUUAUUUAACGCCUGAUGCUAAUUUCUGUUUAAAUAUUGCCAAACUUCUUCUAUUUAUAAUUUGAACAUAACUCGGCGCAAAACAAAACUCACGAAAUGCCAAACAAUCGGCGAAUGCCAGCCUCUAAAAUAUGUAGCAACAACUCGCACAUAAAACAUACUUAUGCGAACAUUCCCAUGAGUUCUCUUUCUCUCUGAACUGCUGUGUAGUGUCGACUUUGGAUAGCCAACGAAUCCUGAUUACCCUUACUCCAUUCACAAUACGACAGGUUAAUUGGUUGGGCAUUAGUUUUGAAACAGACUUACAGAAAAUCUAUAAAGAAAUAAAUAAUUGGAAAAUUGAACCCUUAAUAUUUCUAAAAUGCCUUGCUCAAAUCAUCCUACUUGUAUUUUUUAAAAAUCAAUGUGAAGUUUUUUAAAAUGAAGUCUGCCUCCAGUUUCACAGGAUAUGCAGAUGUUUCGUUUUGCUGAAAGAUUAUCCCCUACUACAAAAAAUAAUCUGAUUUCGUAAAAUUUGUAUUGGACCGCAUUAUUGCCACGAACUCGGCAUAGAGUAUUCCCGUGCGGCUCUAAGCCAAUUGACGUUCGCUUUGGCGUCUGCUUGUGGUUAGUUUUUUUGCUACCUAGCAAACAAUAAUAGAAACUGGCGGCUGUGCAGCAGCUCUCCCGCAGUGGCCACAAGCGCGCCCGCCCGGUUCAUAGAUCGAAACGGAGCGUGUUCUAUGUUCCGCCCUGAGCACACACUCGCCAGCUACUUUGGCGCUGUCGUCGUUGCGAUAUUUUUCAAUUUUUAUAAUUAGUAUUUGUGGCGUGCGCUUUCGUAAACGUUGCGCUGAUUUCGGAUUGGUUUUUUUCUUCUUUUUUUCUUGAAAACGCAAAGACGCGCUGCUUGAACAAAGCCAAUUGAAAAUAAAUAAUAAUAAUAAUUAAUAAAUUAAUAAUAAGGUUAAAGAAACGCGCAAAAGUUCGACCAACGAGCGCCAGCUGGCAAAUGUCUCAAAGUGCGUGUAUAAAUCAGGACGAAAUUUGCAAUAAACAAAUUGAAAUAAUUCACCAAAAAAGAAAUUGAAAUUUAAAGUGGAAAUCGAAUUUGAAAUCGCAAUUGCCAUCGGAAAUUGUCGCUGCUUCUGUUGUGUGUCUAUUUCUGUCGAAUAGCUGCCAAAUAUCGUACAAUUUCAAUUAUUUUUACAACACAUGAAUACGCUCUUUAUAUGUAAAUACGUAUAUUCUAUUAUACUAUACUUAACAUAAUAUAUACAGUACAAAAACAUCGAGUAAAUGCCAAAAACAAAAAUCUCGCUAUAGCGCAGCAAAACCAUUUAUUUUAGUACAAUUCAUUAAAUAGUUCAAGUCAGAGGAAGAACUCAAUUCGCCUGCUAGAUAAAAGGAACAACAACGAAUCAGAGCACUCCGAUCUGUCGUCUAGCUCCUCGCACGCGCACAUGCUGUGCUCUUCUCACGAAUGGAUAUCUAAUUAAUAUUAUCGAAUUUUCAUUCGAGCGAAAAAGUAAGAGUGUAACGGAUAACAAAACCCACGCACAAGGAAAAUAGAAAAUGGCCACAUUUUUAAGUCGUUUUCAACGCGAAAAAAGCGAAAAGAUUUUGCCAAAUGCUGUGAACACCGCAAACAGCAGCAGCAGCAGCAGCAGCAAGAAAACAGCUGACAUGGAGGCAGCGACGCCGACGCCGACAGCGGCAGCGGCAGCAACUGCACAGCCGCGCCAGCAGCGACGCUACAUGCGCAGCGCGACGGCAGCGAGCGUAACGCAACUGCUCUCCGAAAGCUGCAACAGUUUGCUGCAGCGCUUUCGACGCAAUCCGAGCGAACGACCUGAUAACAAACAGCAGCAACAACAACAACAACAGCAGCAGCAGCAGCGGAAUCGUGCAGCGCCCAUAGCCGAGGAUAACAGCAGCAGCAGCAGCAGCAACAACAACAACAACUGCAACAAUAAGGAAAGCAACGAAAAUAGACGCAGUGGCUCCAAGACCCCAACGAAUGAUAACAACAGCAACAACAAUAACAGCAAUAGGAGCAACAAAAACAAAGACAAAGACAAAGGCAGCGGCAGCCUCACAACACAACACAGACGUCGCCGCAGCUCGGAAAAGUCCGCCAGCGGUCGCAGACGCCCGGAGGCGGAACGUGAACGGGGCAAGGAACGCGAUAGGGAUAGGGAACGUGAUCGGGAUCGGGAUCGGGACCGGGAACAGAACGCCAUGAGCGAUCGUCACAGACGUUACUAUGCUGGCGGUGGCCUCGGCUACCAUCCCAUUAGCACAACCAGCGGCAGCGCUGUGGGUGUGGGCGGCACCCAUAUGGGCCGCUAUCAGAAGAGCUCAACGACGGCCAAUCCGCUGCGCACUCAUCUGAGCCCCGUGGGCAGCAGCUACUAUAAGCCGGCCAUACGCCCCCUGGGCGCCGGGAUGCGGCGUGACCUGGACGACGUUAGUAUGAGUGGAGCGUGCAGUGUGUAUGCCAGUGGAAAGCGCUGCGUGUUAUUCGAUCGGAGCCAGGCAGCCAAAUUCAUCCCGUGACUCAUGGCCAGAGCAUUUCUUCACAUUUGGAAAUCACUGAAAUUUCGUUUGCCCUAUUUCCACCUGUCACCAUGAGUCACGGCUAAGUCCAGUCACUGUCCCAAUUCUGUCACAGGUUGAAGAAAGCGGGUUGGAGGUAGCAAAAGAUCGCAUCUUCAAUGAAUGCAUCGGCAACCCCUAUUGCUCCAUAGUAUACCUAUAUGUGUAGCAGGUGUAUAUACUUAUGAUGAUCGUGCGCAGAGAUGUAGACAUAAAUAUGUAUGGAUUUUCUAUUUGCCCACACAAACUAUAUCUAUUCUAUAUCUUCCUACUUGCCGUGUGCGUUUAUUUUUGAUUCCAAGCAAAUGUCCAUGCCUCGGGCAGCUCACCCUGCUCCCAUGUCUAUCGCUUCGCUCUAUCUCUCUCUCUCUCUCUCUCUCUGAGUUCUCAGCUCUCUGGUCCGCAUUAAAUGUAUAAAAAGCUAUUCACAAUUUCACGAUUUUGGCAUUUCGUAUAUAUAAAUAUACAUAUAUAUAUAAGGUAUACAUCUAUAUAUAUAAAAACUGUGAAGGUCGGCCGUGGUUAUUUUGUUUAGAUUUUCACUAGACGUUCUAAAUAAUAUAGACGCCCCUCCUCGGAGCAGCCGCCCAGCGCAGUUCUUCGGCUAGAUGUUGUGUUUUUUGUUAGAGAAAGCGACUGGAUUCGACGCUUGAAAUGCGAGUGAAAUUAUGUGGAAUUAAGUUGCCCAAACACUGUUAUUAGCCAGUGCCGAAAAGGCCAUUUAAAUGGGUAUGCGAAUUGCGAGUGCGUCGUCUUCUUCUCUCUAGGUCUAGGUCUACUCCCAACUGGCUUCAUAUGUAUCUGCGUCUGGCUCAGACAGAGCGUGAAAUGUUUGACGAACGUCUUCGUUUUCGUUUUCGUCGUUGUCGUUUCCAUUGGUUUCACACGAGCGCUGCUAAAAGCACUUUCCUUAUCCAUUAAAUUCCCUCCCAAUUGACUGGUUUCUCUUCUUGGGACGCACAGCGUCGCGAGCUGCUCUUGGACAAAGACAAGACGCCCACAGUGUCGGCGGUCUCGCGGCUGGAGAACAAAUAUUCGGACAUUUUGGAGCGUGC